AUGGCUGUUCCACGUGCUACUUUGCGAUUGUCGCCUCUAAAUUCUGCACUGCUUGUUUGUGAUAUGCAAGAAAAAUUCAGGCCCAGUGUCAAAUAUUUUGAGGAAAUUGUUCAAAUUAGCAAACGCCUUAUUGUCGCUGCGAAACUUCUUGAUAUGAAGAUUAUUGCCACAGAGCAGUAUCCGAAAGGGCUUGGGCAUACUGUGUCAGAAUUGGAUCUAAACAAACAUAAUAUACCAGUUUUUGAGAAGAAAAAAUUUAGCAUGUGUGUUCCAUCUGUUACGAAAAUGCUUGAAUCAUCACAGUCUGUGAUAUUAUGUGGUCUUGAAACGCAUGUAUGUGUUUUACACACAGCGCUUGAUAUGCUCGAAAAAGGAAUUGCUGUACAUGUAAUUGCUGAUGCUGUGUCAUCUCGCUCACAAACGGACAGAAUGUUUGGCUUACGACAAAUGGAAGUUGCUGGUGCUAUCUUAACAACUAGUGAAUGUGUCAUUCUCGGUCUAUUAGGAGGUGCGGACCAUCCGAAAUUUCGCGAUGUGCAGAAAAUAAUCUUAGAGCUUGCACCGGAUACUGGUCUACUGCAGUACUCAUUGUAA